UGCUCUUAUGAGAGAGUAGGCAAAAUCGCUACCAGACUCCCGUCCUCUGCUCGAGGGUCGCAGCAGCAGCACCCCACGGCGCCGCCGUUGUACUUUUGCGCUUUUCAGCACAUAUAAACCGGCAAGAGCAAAGGGAGCAUCGGUGGCUUUGGAUUAGAUCUGGGGAUGGCGGACAUGGGGAAACCUCAGCAGAUGGAGGUGCGCAACCAUGAUGCGAUAACUGGUGAGGGGUCGUCCUGUUCGGCUGCUGAAAUAAAGCCUGAUUCUCACUGCGGCGAAAUAGUUGGAUCGCAGGUCCAGCUUCCAGAGGACAUUCUUCAUCGGAUACACGCCCUUAUGCCAAUGCGAGAUGCUGCUCAGGCUGCCUGCGUGUCUCUUGCUUUCCUGCGUUCUUGGAGAUGCUAUCCCAAUCUCAUCAUUUCUGUUGAUUCACUAUGCAUAAAUGAAUAUGGAUCUCGGUAUGAUGAAUUAACAACAGAUUUUAUCACUAGAGUUGAGCACAUUAUGCAGAAUCACUCUGGCAUGGGAGUGAAGGAAUUUAGACUACAAAGCUACCCUUGUUCCACUAUAGAUCCCAGUUAUCUUGAUCACUGGAUUCAAGUUGCCAUGACACCUGGGAUUAAAGAGUUUGAACUAUCAUUGUUUGAAAUUGGUGACAUCAAGUACAGUUUUCCAUGUUCUCUUUUAUCUACUGAGAGGGGAAGCUCCAUUCAGUCUUUGAUGCUUUCUGGGUGUUCUAUUCACUCCACGGCACAAGUUGGUUGCAUGAGUAGCCUGACAAAUUUGAAUUUGUAUGAGGUCGACAUCAGUGGCGAGGAACUAUUAUGUUUUCUGUCCAAUUCUUGUGCUUUGGAGAAAAUUUCCCUUUCAAACUGCAAUAAUAUAAUUUGCUUGGAGAUACCUAGUCAGCUUCAAAAGCUUAAUAUCCUGAGCGUGUUGGACUGCCAAAUGCUGGAGAUGAUUGACAGCAAUGCCCCAAAUCUCUCAACUUUCUCCUGUACAGGACACCAAAUACAUAUCUCACUUGGACAUGCAUUGCAAGUGAAGGAAAUAAGAUUUGACUGUCACUAUUCAUCCAAUGCACUUUAUUACGCUAUUACCAAUCUUCCAUUCAUUGUGCCAAAUCUCCAAACUCUAUUUCUGUCAACUAUUGAUGAGACUAUCAAUACACCAAUGACGUUAGGCAAAUUCCUCCAGCUGAAGUUCCUGGAGAUUACAUUGUCUGCUUCAAAUUUUUCUCCAGACUUCGACUUUAGCUCCCUGGUAUCUUUUCUUGAUGCAUCUCCUGCCUUGGAGACGUUCAUCUUACGUAUUUCGAUGCCAACCAUUAGGCACGAUUCAAUUCUCGAAGAUCCUGAUGGUGAUUCCUCACUACUACAAUGCCUCUCAGAUUGCUACCACGACAACCUCAAGAAUGUGAUGAUAACAGGGUUUUGCUCCGCAAAGAGCAUGGUCCAGCUCACUAUCCACAUUAUGCAGAAAGCAAGGUCGCUAGACUGUCUUACGUUAGACACUACCCGUGGCCAUGACAGGAGGUUUGCCAACAUUGAUAGGUGCUGGCCACUCACUGAGGAGGCACUUGUAGAGGCUGGAAAGGCUCGUGUUGCCAUUGAAAGAUACAUUGAGGCAGGAGUGCCCCCAUCUGUGAACCUGAAGAUUAUCGAGCCGUGCAGCAAGUGCACAUACAGAUAAACGAUGGAGGUUCACAUGAAUAAAGCCCUUAUGUGCACGAAUUUAAUGUUUUGACGUUUUGUUGACUUGUUAAAAGAGACUAAACUUUGCACCCCUGCGGGAUAGAUGGCUCAAUAGUACUAUUUAUCUACUUAUUAUAACAGUUAAUCUAAUGUGCCUUUCUCAUAA